AUUUUGAAAACCUCGUCAGUCAGUAUCGAGUGCUAUCAUUGGCUCCUCGGAGCCAAUGAAGGGAACCCUUAUACGCGCGUCUGCAUUACCCCAUGUGAGAAGUGCUGUUGGCUAACUGCAAGCUAAAGACAAAUCAUGCUUCGUCGAGAGGUGAGACUGCGACGAGAGUACCUGUACAGGAAGGCACAGGAGGACAGGCUCCGAACAAUUGAGGACAAGAAACAGAAGCUGAAAGGGGCACUUGAUGAAAACUGUAUUCUUCCGACUGAGGUACGCAAAGAAGCUCUACAGCUACAGGAGCUGCUCGAGUAUGACGAUGGUGGGGCAGAAGGUGUCAGCUCACACAUAGACGAUGAGUAUAAAUGGGCAGGAGUCGAAGAUCCUAAAUUAAUGGUCACCACAUCCAGAGACCCCAGCUCCAGACUCAAAAUGUUUGCCAAGGAGGUAAAGCUAAUGUUCCCUGGAGCCCAGCGCAUGAACAGAGGAAACCAUGAGAUUGCUGCACUUGUGCGAGCCUGCAAAGCCAACAAUGUUACAGACCUCGUCAUCGUGCAUGAAACAAGGGGACAGCCAGAUGGCCUGGUGGUGUGCCACUUGCCAUUUGGACCCACGGCUUAUUUCACACUCUACAACGUGGUAAUGAGGCACGAUGUUCCAGACAUAGGCACCAUGUCAGAGGCCUACCCCCACCUAAUUUUCCACAACUUCACCUCAAGACUUGGCAAGAGGGUAUCAAAUAUCCUCAAGUAUCUUUUUCCCGUGCCGAAGGAGGACAGCAGGCGUGUUAUCACAUUCGCUAACCAAGAGGACUUCAUCACAUUUAGACAUCACACCUACAAAAAAACAGACCACAAGAACGUUGAGCUGACAGAAGUAGGACCCAGGUUUGAAAUGAGAUUGUACAUGAUCAAACUUGGCACCCUUGAGAAUGAAAGCACCGCUGAUGUGGAGUGGCGUCACCAUGCAUACACUCAUACAGCUAAGAAAAGGAGGUUCCUUAGUGUACAAUAGGCACUAAUGAAGCAAAGUGAAGAGAAAAAAUGCUUUCUUGACUUUAUAAAGCUUGCAAAAUCUGGAAUGUAAAAUGACAAAUUAUUUUUUUGGGUGACAUCAUCAUGAUUCACGCUAUUCUUUAGAUAAAUGUAUCCUUUGAACAAACCCAUUGUCGAACAGAGACCUAAUGAACACUUAAUGGGUGUGUAUUACAACUGUUGUAAUAUUAUUACAACUGUGUUACAACUGUUUUCAUUUUGUAAUAAAAUGUUUGAUAAACCUGU